GGCAUUUGUGACUCUGACAUAUCUAAUGUUAGAUUUCUUGCGAUAUGCUUGUGAGUUGCAAUUUUCUCUUAUUACGUUUGUCAUUCUAUUUACAAUUUUAUUCAUCUUCCUGAUCAGUGAAAGUCGUGUGAAAUGUAAUAGUUUUAUCAGUGAGCUUGCCUUUAUGACAAAAUAAUUUGAAAAGGAAUUACGGUGAUUGAAAAUUUGUCGUCGGCAAUUGGCACGACUUGCUAAUUCAAUCAAUAUUGAAGAUUUUAUAGUGAAUGGUAAUCUGCGCCUCAAAGCAUAAUGGAAUUUUGUCCGCCAAAUGAUACCAUCACUGUCCCAUGGAUAAAUCAUGGUUUAACACAAUGCUUUUUCAGCACAGUGUCCAUCUCAAUAGUUGCCGGAUUUCUAUCGUUGUUUGGUUCUAUACAAUUAUACAUGUACCAGAAGUAUGCAUCACCAAUCAGUGAAACGGCGGUUAUUCCUAAAUCAUCCUUGUACAAUUUUCAAGUUUUCCUCUUGUUCUUCGUGCCUUUUCUAGCUAUUGUGAGAUUUCUCCUUACAGUAGCGUAUUUCAGCAAUCCCGUUUAUGGCUACAUGGUUUUAAGCUUAGUCCUGACGUGUUGGAUGUAUCCAUUUUCGGUGCUCUUACUCAGCAAGGAGCGUAAUUAUCUACUACCAUCAGUACCAACCAGGGGUCAUGGCCUAGUCCUACUUCUAUUCUGGACAAUGAUUUUCAUCAUUGAGAAUUUGGCAUUUGUGAAUUUGAGGCAGGAAGGCUGGUGGUUCAAUCUAAAAACAUUACCAGACAAAGUUGAGACUGUUUUCUUUGUUCUGCGCUACGUUUCUUGCCUUCUUAUAUUCGUUCUUGGGCUAAAAGCUCCUGGGAUGUACUAUGACUAUGAGAAUUUGAUCGCUCCCUCACGAGAUGACGUCAAUCAAUCAACCUUUAGAAAUGCAUGGAGCAAAAUCAAGACUCUGGCACCAUUCUUGUGGCCCAAAAGGGACUGUUUUUUGCAAUUUCGAGUGAUUUUCUGCUUUCUUCUUCUCCUCGGAGGACGAGUUAUUAAUCUGUAUGUGCCCAUCUACAACAAGAAAAUUGUUGAUAGUUUGACAGAACAGCCAAUGAAAUUCCGCUGGGAUUGGAUUCUCAUCUACGUGCUGUUUAAAUUCUUGCAAGGCGGUGGUACAGGAACUAUGGGAUUGCUCAAUAAUUUGCGCUCAUUCCUAUGGAUCCGCAUUCAGCAGUAUACAACGCGGGAAAUUGAACUGGAACUCUUCCGGCAUUUGCACAAUUUAUCAUUGAGAUGGCAUUUGAGCCGAAAAACCGGAGAAGUGCUUCGUGUGAUGGAUCGUGGAACUGAUAGUAUCAACAAUUUGCUCAAUUAUAUCCUCUUUUCUAUUGUCCCAACAAUAGUGGACAUUAUCGUUGCUGUGGUAUUCUUCAUCACAGCCUUCAAUGGAUGGUUCGGCCUCAUUGUUUUCCUAACUAUGAUCCUCUAUAUCAUUGCCACCAUCACUGUGACGGAAUGGAGGACGAAAUUCCAGAGACUCAUGAAUUUGGCUGAUAACGCCCAGAAAGCAAGAAGUGUGGACUCCCUUCUCAAUUUUGAAACUGUUAAAUAUUACGGAGCUGAACAAUAUGAAGUUGAUUGCUAUCGAGAGGCAAUUCUAAAGUAUCAGGUGGAGGAAUGGCGCUCACUUGUAACGUUCAACAUUUUAAACACAACCCAAAACAUCAUCGUUUGCGCGGGAUUAUUGGCUGGAUCAAUGCUCUGUGCAUACAUGGUAGCUUACGAAAAGGGGUUAUCAGUUGGUGAUUAUGUCCUUUUUGCCAGCUACAUCAUCCAACUUUACGUGCCCCUGAAUUGGUUUGGUACCUACUACCGUGCCAUUCAGAAGAAUUUCGUGGAUAUGGAGAACAUGUUUGACUUGAUGCGUGAAGACCAGGAAGUUAUUGAUGCUCCUGGAGCUGGGCCAAUGUUAAUUUAUAACGGUGGAAUUGAUUUUUCCAAUGUCUCAUUUGGCUACAGUCCAGAAAAGCUUGUCUUGGACAACGUAAGCUUCAGAGUUCCACCUGGAAAGACCAUGGCUCUGGUGGGACCCUCAGGAUCGGGUAAGAGUACAAUAAUUCGGCUACUCUUCCGCUUCUAUGAUGUCAGUUCAGGUGCAAUUGUGAUCGAUGGGCAAAAUAUAAAGACUGUGAAGCAGGCUUCUCUGAGGAAAGCUAUUGGGGUUGUACCUCAAGACACGGUCCUCUUCAACAAUACAAUUCGCUACAAUAUUCAGUAUGGAAGAGUUGAUGCAAGUGAUAUCGAUGUGAUAACGGCGGCUAGGAGUGCGGAUAUACAUGAACGAAUUUUAACGUUCCCCGAUCAGUACGAUACCCAGGUUGGAGAGCGAGGAUUGAGGCUUAGUGGUGGAGAGAAACAGAGGGUGGCUAUAGCGAGGACUAUCUUAAAAUCGCCGUCCAUUGUGUUGCUGGAUGAGGCAACAAGUGCUCUGGAUACUAAGACUGAAAGGAAUAUUCAGUCAGCCUUAAGAAAAGUCUGCGCCAAUAGAACUACCAUCAUUGUCGCUCAUCGAUUGUCUACAAUUAUUCACGCUGAUGAAAUUGUUGUCCUCAAGGAUGGUGUAAUCGUAGAGAGAGGCUGCCACGAAGAUUUGCUCCUCAAAGACGGUGUUUAUGCGGAAAUGUGGAAUCAACAGCUGCAGAAUCUAGAGGCAAAGGCUGAGGGUGAAGCUGCAGGAGAUCAAGGAAAUGGCUUAGAACAGUUACAGCAGCCCUUAAAGCCCCAAAAACCAGGCGGAGAACCACAACUAGCUCCAGGAUAUAGCCAAUAUGUCCACCAUCAUCAUCAUUAGUUUAAAAGAGUGUAGGGUUUGGAAGGAAAAACAGGUCUGUACAAAAUGUGUGAAGCAAAUUAUAUUUUUAUCAAAGAUGUAGAUGAUAUAAUGUAGAUAUAUCUAUUCAGAACUUAAAAAAAUUGUUUUAUUUCAAAUCUUUUGGUUUUGACAUUAUCUUCAAAUUUGGUUAUUUUUUGUUUUUGUUUUUUUUUUAUAUUCCAAAAACUAGAACUAACUAGAAAAACUAACAAGAAAAACUAGAAAAAAUUUAGUUUUUACUUUCUGAUUUGAUAGUUUUCUUGGCUCUUCUUUUAGUAAAUAUACUUUCUGUGAUACAGCAAUUUUUUUUUGAUAUUCAUAUAAAAAAACGAAUCUUCAUUAAAGUUGAGCUUUCAAGGAGGAUUCGAUGAGCGGUACUUCAAGAAAUUGCUAUACCUUCACAUUUUUAAACCCUUGAUUUUGUAGUUUUAAAAGCUGACAUACAAUGUAAUGAUUUGUAGUGGCUUAAAGUCAUAAACUCAUAGCACAAUCACAAAUUUUAAACAUUCUCUUUUACAAAAUGCUGGUUUAAAAAAUUAAAGCUAACUAUUUAUCGAUAAAAUGAAGAAACCGAAAACCCUUUAGCUUUCCAAAGAAAAGACCUUUUUCUCUGUGAUAGUGUUUUUCCAAAACUGAAGUACGUAAAAGCAAUAUUUUGUAAAACACUAUAAUUUAUUUUGAAUAAAAACACUAGGAAAAGAAA